CAAAGCGUCGCGAAGUACAGUGUUGAAAAUAAAUAAAUAAUUAAUUAUACAUAUAAAUAGCAAUUUUUUAUGUGUCGAAGCACAUAUUUUUAUUUUUAUAUUUUUGUUUCAUAGUUUUGGGCUUAUUCAUGUAAAAUGGCUUUUCAAAACAAUUGGGGAGAAAAUAUAAAUGAGUAUGAAGUUUUACAUUUGUUGGGCAAAGGUGGUUUUGCCAGUGUUUACAAAGCCCGGUGUCUUAAGACCAAUCAAUAUGUGGCUAUAAAGAUGAUUGAUAAGAAACUAAUACAUGGUGCUAGCAUGACAAACCGCGUGCGGCAAGAAGUGGAAAUACAUUCGCGACUGAAGCACCCAUCAGUUUUGGAAUUAUACACUUUUUUUCAAGAUGCUAAUUAUGUUUAUUUGGUACUUGAAUUGGCUCACAAUGGUGAACUUCAACGAUAUAUGAAACUGACUAUGCGGCGAUCGAUGACAGAGUCGGAAGCAGCUUCCAUAGUGCAGCAAGUUGUAGCUGGCCUUCUUUAUUUGCAUUCGCACAACAUUAUGCACAGGGACAUUUCACUUUCAAAUUUGUUGCUUUCUAAGGACAUGCACAUAAAAAUUGCUGAUUUUGGGCUAGCAACACAAUUGAAGCAGCCCAACGAACGUCAUAUAACUAUGUGUGGAACGCCGAAUUUCAUUUCACCCGAAGUUGUUUCACGUUCUUCGCAUGGUCUACCCGCCGAUGUGUGGGGACUCGGAUGUAUGUUCUACACAUUGCUGGUAGGACAACCGCCCUUUGAUACCGAUGCGGUGCAAUCCACCUUGAAUAGAGUUGUUAUGUCCGACUACCACAUACCGUCAUAUAUAUCUUUUGAUGCAAGAGAUCUUAUUGAAAAGCUUUUAAGAAAGAAACCAGAUGAACGAAUAUCUCUUCAACAAGUUCUGGAACACCCUUUUAUGCUAAGAUUUAGCAAGGAUAAGAAUACUUCACAACGCGCUGGCGUUAUUGAAAACACUCGUAGUAAUUUCAGUUGUGAUAGCGGAAUUAUUACUUUUUCUUCGAGUAAUGCAUCAAGUUCGGUACCAUCUUUGCCUAGGGGAAAUCAGGGCGAAACAAACUCUCAGCGAAUAUUGAAAAGUCCAUAUCUUGCCAAUAGUCCUUUUACCCCUUCAACUACGAGAAGCCAGAGUGAGAACAUAGGCGACAUUAUUGGUAAUAGCAAUGUACUCAACGAAUUCGUAUCAUCUUGCAAUAAUGAGAAUAAAUGGAAUUGGACGUCUGCGACGAAUGCAGUUAAACCUAUUCUUCCCAACAGCUACAUAAAUGAAACGCCUAAAACACAAACAUCGGACGACCGGAUAUCAGUGCCUCCAUUAAACACUACUCGUCUCUUGCCAACGCGAUACAAGACGAAAAAUGCUAUAAUGAGUAUUUCAAAAAGGGGAGAAGUUAUCAUUGAAUUUAUAAAGUACCGGUCCAAAUAUAAUGCCGAUCGAAUAACAGACAUAUGCUGGAUAUCUAGCGAUGGCAUGAGCGUAAUUGUAUACCAGCCCGAUUCUGGACGUGGGUUACCGAUUAGUGAACAGCCUCCAGAACUCCCACCCUUUUCAAGCAAUAGUAUUUUUUCUUACUGCACUUUGCCAUUGAAACAUCAUAAAAAAUAUGCGUAUGCUGCUCGAUUUGUGGAUCUCGUAAAAAGCAAAACGCCAAAAGUCACAUAUUAUAGCACUCGAGCUAAGUUCGCCCUAAUGGAGAGUCUGGACGAUUACGAGACCUCAUUCUAUGACGGCUCAAAAAUAACAAAAUCAUCUCGGGAAGGUCUACGAAUAUACGAUAAGCACGGUCGUCAAAUCUCAACUAACGAAGCCGAUAAAUCGUUAAUUGAUCACCAGGAGGAAUGUUUUAAUCACUGUCUAGCCCUCAGCAAAGCAUUAGAGUCUACUGAAAUACCUAGCACCCAUUCUUGCUUUCCAAUCGUCAUUGGUCGACGGCCCGCAACAGAUAUGCAGCCUCAAUACCUGUCAACAAGCAAACGGGAUACAAAUAAUAUAAUCUCUUCAACGCCAAAAUCACUUCAAGCGUCCUCUAUUAGUGUUUCAAUGUACUCCACAUCUGCAACACAAGAUGCAACGCAUCAACACUUUGUUGCAUCUCAACAAAAUGUGCCCAUCAAACGAGUGCAUAUUCCUGGGCUGGGUGUAGCAACUGAGCUCUCACAUGGCGUCAUUCAAAUGCAGUUUCAUGAUAAUUCACUGAUAUCUGUAAUACCCUCUGGCGGCAUUACAUUUUAUAAUAGUUCAGGAGUAUCUACACAUUUUGGUCCACAUGACGAUCUGCCUUUACAGGUUAGAGAAAAAGUAAUCCACCUGCCCACCAUAGAGAAAUUGUUGAAGCAAUGUCCUGAGACUUUAUUAAGAAACCACCACAACCGUGUACGCCAUCCUUUUGAUGGCGUCUCGUCGACCCCUAUUGCCGUCUCUAGCUCUAAACAUCCAAUGAAAUAUUUCAGAUAAAGAAUUAACCCUGUUUUGACAGCAAAGCAAAACAUUUUCUUGUAUAUUUAUAUGAAUUUAUGCUUUAAGCAUUGACAUACAUAUGCAUGUAUAUGUCAAUAUUUUAUAUAUAUCCAAAACAGUGCAACAAUAUCUAGUCGAAUGACAACAUAGCGUUCUUUAGACCGGAUCAUAGAGAACGCUUCUUACACGAGCACUUUGGACGCUGAGAUCAAACAUUAAAUAAACAUCUGCUAAUGUACUGAACCCCUA